ACCUGUGCCUCAGCACUCUCCUCUCCCACCCACACCCCCACACCCACGCCCAAGCCAACUGCUCUCCAACUAGACAUGCUCCGGACGCUUGUGACGAGUGCGACACGGAGCGCCAGCGCGUACCUCCGGUCGUCGACCCUGACGCCCCUCGCCCAGCCGAGUCUGGCCUGGGCUGCUGGCACGACUGCUUCUGCUGCUGUUCACACCACCGCAGACAGUGACCUGCAUGUGCUCGACGGAGCGGUGCAGGCCAACUCGCCUGAGUUUGCAGAGAACCGGGCGGCGAUGGCGGAGCUUGUGGAGGAGCUCAAGAACAAGACGGCAGAGGUGGCAGCUGGUGGUGGUGCCAAGGCGCAGGAGCGCCACACCAGCCGUGGCAAGCUCUUUGUUCGCGAUCGCAUCUCCAAGCUCAUCGAUCCGGGCUCGGCCUUUCUGGAGCUCUCGCAGAUGGCCGGGCACGAGCUUUACAAGGACCAUGUGCCUGCUGGUGGCAUCGUGACCGGCAUUGGCCGUGUGGCCGGGACCGAGUGCAUGAUUGUGGCCAAUGACGCGACGGUCAAGGGUGGAACGUACUACCCGAUCACGGUGAAGAAGCAUCUGCGGGCGCAGGAGAUUGCGGCCGAGAACCGGCUCCCGUGCCUCUACCUCGUCGACUCGGGUGGCGCGAACCUGCCGCACCAAACCGAGGUCUUCCCAGACAAGGAGCACUUUGGUCGUAUCUUCUUCAACCAGGCCAAUAUGUCUGCUGCCGGCAUUCCGCAGAUCGCGCUCGUCAUGGGCUCUUGCACUGCCGGUGGCGCGUACGUCCCGGCGAUGGCUGACGAGUCGGUCAUUGUCCGCAAGACCGGCACCAUUUUCCUGGGUGGCCCGCCGCUGGUCAAGGCCGCCACCGGUGAGGUGGUGACUGCUGAGGACCUUGGCGGCGCCGACCUCCACUGCCGCACCUCGGGCGUGACCGACCACUACGCCGUCGACGACGAGCAUGCGCUGGCCAUCGGCCGCAAGAUUGUGGCCAACCUCAACCACGUCCCGCCGCCGCUUCCCUUCCGCAUGUGCGACGUCGAGGAGCCUGCCUUUGACGUCCAGGAGAUGGACGGCAUUGUGCCGGCCAACUUCCGCGCGCCGUUUGACAUCCGCAAGGUCAUUGCCCGCGUCGUCGACGGCUCGCGCUUUGACGAGUUCAAGUCGAUGUACGGCGAGACGCUGGUCACUGGCUUUGGCCAUCUCUACGGCAUGCCUGUCGGCAUUGUGGCCAACAACGGCAUCCUCUUCCCCGAGGCCUCGGUCAAGGGCGCCCACUUUAUCGAGCUCUGCUCGCAGCGCAAGAUCCCGCUCAUCUUCCUGCAAAACAUCACCGGGUUCAUGGUCGGCAAGGCCUACGAGGAGCGCGGCAUUGCCAAGGAUGGCGCCAAGCUCGUCAUGGCUGUCGCCAACGCCAAGGUCCCCAAGAUGACCGUCAUCGUCGGCGGCUCGUUUGGCGCUGGCAACUACGGCAUGUGCGGCCGCGCCUACUCGCCGCGCUUCCUCUACAUGUGGCCCAACGCCCGCAUCUCCGUCAUGGGCGGCGACCAGGCCGCCGGCGUCCUCGCCACCGUCAAGCGCGACCAGCUCGGCGACGCCUGGUCUGCCGAGGAGGAGGAAGCCUUCAAGGCGCCCAUCAUCGAGAAGUACGAGCACGAGGGCAUGCCCUACUACUCCUCGGCCCGCCUUUGGGACGACGGCAUCAUCAACCCGGCCGACACCCGCCGCAUGCUCGGCCUCUCGCUCUCGGCCACCCUCAACGCGCCUAUUCCGGACACCAACUUUGGCGUCUUCCGCAUGUGA